CGUUUUAAAAAACUAUGCUCUAUAGAGUCCUCUUUCCAUAUACGAAAAUCACAGUUCUCUAGCUUUUACUAUUCAAAAGUUAUUCAGAAAAUACCCAUAUACCAUCCUUUUUUUGGAUGGACAAUAGUUGAGUGAGUGUGACGAGGGUAUAAAAGAAAGAGAAAAAAUAAACUUUAGAUUGAUACAAAACGAACCAGAAGUUCAGUUUUUGGUAGUAGUCCAAAAUCAUCAUCGUCAUCAUCUGAUGUGAUUCUUGAUGUUGUUCUUGCUGUUGGCAAAACUGUUGAUCUGUCAGCUGGUAGUCGAACCGCAUUUUUAAACAAUCACCAUGUAUCAUCACUCUGUGCUGAAGUCAUAUGUGAUCUUGGAUCAUCCGACAUAGUGGAUGAUGAUGAAAUUCUUGCUGUUCUAGAUUUUUUAGACAAAUUCAGUCUGAUGAUAUCUUGCAGAUUUUUCUUGGAUAUGAUUGAUGGUACGGAUACACCUAACCAUUUCCAUAUUAAAACCAAUUGCUGCCUCGUUUCUGUUUUGGCUGAUAUUGAAGAAUGAUUACAUUUUUGCGACUUUAACGACGACAGUUGUGCCUUUUUUUUCGUACACGAUUGUAUACCAUAUUCUGUAUCGGUUAAAAGCUGAAUGAUUUAAGAAUAUUAAAGUAGUACCAAAUUAAUACUCAGAAAUUAUAGGAUAGAAAUUAUAGAGACUAUGAAAGAUAGAAAAUUAUGUAAAGUGAUUGAAUACAGAAAUUCUCUGUAACUAAGAACAACCGUAGUUACCGAUGGAUGCAGCGGCUAAAAUACAAAAUAGCAGAUACAUUCGUUCUCGCAUGAACAACAGUUACGGAUAGCCCCCCUCUUCUUUGAAAACAUUUCAGAUGUUGUGCUGUGCAAAGCCAAAGAGAGUAAAGUACGGGCUACAAAAUGAGACGACUCUCAGCACUCCACGACUUUUCUUCAAAAAGUUAUAAGCUUUUUAAUUUUUUCCUUUAAAGCCUAAAAGACUCAAUUUUUUAAUUUCAUAAACUUUUCUCUCCUUUUCUGUACAUUCAGAAUUUUUCUUUCCCAUAGUCUGAUAGAAGAAAGUAUUUUAUUCACAAUGAGGUGUUUCCUAGAAUUUUCUGAUGAAUUUUUGUGGAGAUACGAGCCUUACGACAAAUGCCGUGAAAAAAGUAGCCUAGGUACAAAAUGCGUUUUUUCUCGAAAACUAUUUUUUUGCUACCGGGCUUCAUUGGACCACAUUACCACCCUGCCCGUACAUUUUGCAUUAACUAUCUACAGAGGAUUGAUUCAGAUAAUUACAAAAUAAUGAAUGAAAUGAUAUAAAUUCAUGUAAGCUGUUUAUAAAAGAAUCACUAGUACUUAAAUCAUAUGAAUUCUUCUUCUUCAAUUGUGCAAGACAAUCAGUAUCAAUAAUUGUAUAUCCAAAAGAUGUACCUCAAGUUUUGAUGGUUGAAAGACAUUUAUAACUUAAUAUAUAAAUGUGACUUGAGACAUUCUUUUUAAAUUCAUUUCUAUUUCGUAUUAUAUUAUACACGAAGAUAAACAAUAAGAAGAAGAAUAUAUUUUGUUUCUCCUUUCUUUCUCCAUUUCGAUCUCUCUAUAUAAAAAUGUAAAGUUAUUUUAUUAUUUUAUUCAUAAUAAUUUAUUAAUAUACUAUUUGUAUAAUAUUCCUUGGCAAUGAAAACAUUUUUCAAAAAUGUCAGAAUAUAUAAAUUAAAAAAUGGAUCUAUAGACGGUUGCUAUUAAAUUCUUAUUUUUAUGUGGAUUAUUUAAGUAAUAUAUGAAAAAAAAAAAACAUUUUUGGGUUUUAUUCAUUGAAUCAAUUGCAUUAAAAAAAGGAAAAAGGUUUUGUCUAGUGAGAAGAGUUAUGGUACUACCAAUUAAAAGACGGUAAGUCUGUCUAACUACUCUGUACUAUAUCUAAGUACAUUUGAUUAUAAUUCAAAAAUACUAAUUUUUGUCUAAUUUUGCCGAAUUUUAGACGUAAGAGAAAACCAACGACAGCUAAUCGUUUACCGAGUUUAUACAGUGAAAUGUUACUUAAAUCUGAAUCUGACUAUCGAACAGAAUUAAAACGACGUCUUGAUCGUAUUACAUCUGAAAAUCAAAAUGAUAUUCGACGACGUUUGAACAAUGAUCACGUCUUUCAACAUGAGUUAUUAACAAAGAGACAACAAUGGCUUAUAACAGAUAAAUCUUAUCGAGAUACAUGUCGAAGUUUGUGGUAUAAAAAUGAGUCAACAAAUAUUGAAGAUCAAUUUACUAUAAGAAAUUUAUCAUCAAAAUUUGGUCAAAAAUUAGAUUUAAAUAAUUCAUCAUCAAAAACAGGCUUUUUACCAAAGAUUAAUAAUCAUUAUGAACAAUAUUUUAAUGAAAAUUUAAGUGUUAUCAAAGAAGAGAAUAGUGAUAUAAAUUGUGCAUUAAAUAAUGAAAUGAUAAAACGUAAUUUUCUUGAGAAACAACCGGUAAUGUUGGAAAUUCAUUUUGCUCCCCAUUCAUCAAAGAGUCUACGUAAUAAGCAAAAUAAAGAAAUGAGAAAACAAAGUGCACAACGUAAACAAACUGAAAUUCAAAAACAUGCUUUAACCGAUCCCCGUUUUAGAAAACUUGUGAGUACGUUAGAAGGAACCAAAUUACCUCCUUUAUACGGUCGUAAACGACCGUAUACGGCAAUGUACGGCGAUAUACAUCAGCCGUAUACGGCGGUUGUAUUACGACGAAAUACGGCGGUUUACGACUGUCGUAUACGGUGA